AUGGCGCUCCAGCUCAACAAAGCCAUCUUCAACCCGACGCUGUACGCGCGCGUCCGCACCGUCUGGUUCCAGGAUCUCCCCGCCACCGCCCAAACGGCGCCCAUGAGCCACUACCAGCGCUGGUUCGGCCUCGGACCCGCCUCGGACCGCGCCUCCUUCGACUCCACAUGCCGCAGCCACUUCCUCGAAGCCCUCGACGCCAUCAGCCCCUCCAGCCUGCGUCUCUCUCCCCUCCCUUCCCCGGGCGGCCCCGUCACCCGGUCUACCGAGCGCAGCUUGGACUCAGCCCUCGCCCAGCCCUUCCUCGAGACCCUGUCGCCCGCGCCCACGAUGCCGCGCAACGUGUUCCGCGAGCCCGCCGAACAGGCCCUCGUCUACAACCACUAUGACCGCAUCGCCCGCUCCAUCGUGCACGCGCUUUUCCCCGACCCCCAGGUGGAGGCCGACGUCAAGGACCGCUCCGCCGUCGCCGCCAGUGCCGGGGCGGCUGUCCGCGAGUCCUUCCGCCCGGAUACGCACCCGGAGCUGGCCACGUCGCCCGCCUAUCGCACCUGGUUCUACCUGCCCCUCAUGCACUCGGAGCACCUCGGCGACCACGAGCACUACAUGAACCUCAUGCGCUCCUGCCGCGAUGAUGUCGUGGCCGCGGGCUGUGGCGAAGAGGUUCUCAAGGCCGUCGACAUGUCGCUCGAGUUUGAGGAGAAGCACCUUGUCAUCAUCAAGCGCUUCGGGCGAUAUCCCUACCGGAACGAAGUCCUGGGUCGGGAAACGACUGCGGAGGAGAAGGAGUACCUCGACAAUGGGGGUGACACGUUUGGUGCGGGCAAGAAGGAAUAG